CAACAAGUGAUAUCGUUACAAAAGAGACAUGGCGAAAGAUCUAGUAAUAUUGGCUUAUUCCGGUGGUUUAGAUACUAGUUGUAUUCUAAAAUGGUUAAUACAGAAAAAUUACGAUGUCGUAUGUUAUAUGGCCGAUGUCGGUCAAAAUGAAGAUUUCAAAAAAGCCAGGGAAAAGGCUUUGGAUGUGGGAGCUAAAGACGUGAUCGUUGAAGAUCUUCGCAAAGAAUUUAUAUCGAACUACAUGUUACCGGCUGUACAAAUGGGCUUGGUUUACGAAAACCGUUAUUAUUUAGGAACAUCUCUAGCACGACCCUGCAUCUCCGUUGGCCUAGUCAACGCUGCUAAAAAGCUAGGAGCCAAGUACAUUUCUCAUGGUGCUACAGGCAAGGGCAACGAUCAAGUCAGAUUUGAAUUGAGCGUGUACUCGCUUUGGCCUGAAGGAAAGGUAAUAGCUCCUUGGCGGCUACCGGAAUUCUUCGAAAGAUUUCAAGGACGAAGUGACCUAAUUGAAUUCGCAAAACAGGAAAACAUUCCUGUAUCAGCUACUCCUAAAGAACCCUGGUCAACUGAUGAAAAUAUUAUGCACAUAAGCUAUGAAUCCGGCGUCCUAGAAGACCCAGGUGCAAUACCUCCAACUGGUAUCUACAAAAUUACGCGCGAUUUAAAACAGGCUGAGGACUAUCCGAGUAUGAUUGAUAUAAACUUUGAAAAGGGACUGCCUGUAUCUGUUCGCAUUCCCAGUGGACACGAAAAGUCUCUUGUGUUGACUGAUCCACUAGCAGUAGUUCAAACCCUGAACAAAUUGGGAGGUCAACACGGUGUGGGGCGUAUUGACAUCGUGGAAAAUCGAUUCCUUGGAUUGAAGUCCCGAGGACUAUACGAAACACCAGCAGGAACAAUUCUUCAUAUAGCCCACGUAGAUCUGGAGGCUUAUGCUCUCGAUAGAGAAGUUCUGAGAGUAAAAAAGUAUCUGCAAGACAAAAUGGCAGAUUUUAUUUACAAUGGAUUUUGGUUUUCACCUGAAGCCACGUACACGCGAAAAUGCUUGGAAUUGUCUCAAGAAUUAGUGAAUGGAAUGGUUACCGUUCAAAUCUAUAGGGGAUGUGUAACUAUACUAGCAAGAAAAAGUUCUGCAAGUUUGUACAAUAAAGAUUUAGUAUCGAUGGAUAUAGCUGGAGGUUUCUCACCUGAAGACAGCACUGGAUUUAUUAAUAUCAAUGCUCUUCGUCUCAAAGAAUACUCCAGAUUUUUGAAACAAUCAAAAUAAUAAGUAGAAACUACGUCUUGGUGUCAUUCAAUUUUAUUUCAUAUUCCGAAUACACUCUUCAUGUUUAAUA